CUUUUUAUUUUAUUUUUUAUUCUACUUGCAUUCUUUUUAUCCUUCUUAAUUUAACUCUAUUUUUAUUUUCACAUUUUUCUCUUACUUUAUUCGUUUUUUAUUAUUUCAUAUUUUUUCAUCAUUUUUUCCUUCUAAAUAACUAAGUACUUAUUUAUAAUUUCAAUAUUUAAAAAGUUGGAAUUAAAUUGGUAAUGAAGGUACAUCAGACUUAAGUUCUGCUUUAUCAAAUUGCACUAAUCUCUCAAAUUUAACACUUGAUCUUAUGGGCAAUGAAAUUGAUUCAAUUGGUGCUUCAUACUUAGGUUCUGCUUUAGCAAAUUGCACUAAUCUCUUAAAUUUGGAAAUUAAUCUUUA